AUGUCGUUCUCAAACAGCAGCGGAGGAACACUCACUGUUCCCAGCCCGACACACGUCCACCAUGUCGAUGUGCUCGCUUCCUCUGUGAGGGGCCUGAGAAGGUCUCUUUCAAGAUCACCCUCAAAGUUCAGCCUGGCGCGCACAAAUUCUUUGGAGAGCACCGACAGCUCUCACAGCGGAUCCCACACUCCCAUCCAGCAGCAAUCGCCAUGCCGACGAUACACACCAACACCAACACCACCUAGCAGCAGUGGUAGCAACAGCGGCAUCACUGGCCUCCAGGACCAGCAACCCCUCAGCUUUACCCCGGCAGGCCUCCCUCCUUCUAUGUUGACAUCUACAACACCCUUGAGCUCUCCUCCGAACCUCGGUACGCCAUUCCGCCCCAGCGUCCGUCUAUCUCUCCGAUCCGCAAAGUCCUCCAAGGUGACUGGCAGUCCUUCGAGACCAAUCACUCGCCUUCGCACUUCGCCUAAAUCACCCCUCAAGCGCGCGCUCAACUCUGCCUCGGAUUCCGGAAAUUCAACUCCCUCUUGUCCAUCAUCCGCUUCAAGUUCGGAGAGCCCUGGUCAGGAAAACAGCAACAACCAGGUCAGCCCGCUCUCACGAUCGAAUCUGCACAAGUCAUCGCGCCACAGUUUCCAUCUCGACGGAACCGGCCACGCUCAACAGACGAGCAUUUUCAGGUCGAUCGAAGGUCAGGGCGAGUCGCAGGCAGUACCAGGCUCCGGCGCCCUGAAGCGCAGCGACGCCAUCAUGAAUCUCGACCAGGCUUCGCUCGGCAGCCCUGUGGCUAAGCGGCGCAGCUUGCACGGAAUCUCAAGUUUUGGCCAGAACACAUCUGAUUUCAACAUCUUCGACAGCAACGCAAACAACAACAGCAGCACCAGUAGCAGCAACACCGGCACACCGGGCAAGACCGACAUCCACGACGAAGCCGGCCGCGAGUACGAGCUUUUUGGAUCGGGCGGCGCGUCCCACCGAGAGCCCCUCCCUUCACCAACCCCGCCUCCCCAGGCCCCUCGGAGAACCGGUUCGCUAAGGAAGUCGACCCUUCAGCAGAGGCAGCAUGACAGGACCUCAUGGGGACGUCGAUCUGGUGCGAACCAUCUGGCUCAGAUGAGCGGCGAUUUUUCGACACCCAACCCCAAAAAUCGUCCGCGUCUGUCGAUGGAUCAGUUUCUCCCGCCCCAGGCUCCUCGCGACAGCCCCUUCACGUCGGCCCCGCCUCUGCCUAACCCCUCUGCUCAUCCUAUUGAGCGCCAAUCUCAUCAGCCUCACCCGCUGUCCAAGACCCUGGUGACUUCGACUUCUGGCAACAGCUUGGAGGAGCAGAACAACAGCAUGCCUCCUCCCAACGUUUUUGAGAGGCCUCGAGCCCCCAUCAACUUCGCCAAGUCGAUGCCUUAUGGCUCAUCCCGACCGUCGUUCAUGCAGGAGGACAAUGAGAACGUCACCCCUUUCAAGGCAGCUAAGCCUUGGGCCGGAGCCUUCAUGUCCACGGGUCUCGUCUCCAAGGUCAACCGCAACCCUGAGGAGCUGGACAACAAGCUUACCAUGCCCGACACCCCGUGCAAAAAGCCCACCAGCGGCUUCGCUACCUUCCCGCCGCCCCCUGGCAGCGUGAUGAAGAAGAGCAACCGCUACUCCUUCGGUGGCGUCCCGUCAACCCCCUUCAACGCCCCCGGAGCGCCAUCCCGCAGCUCUUUCGGCAACCCGGGCAAGGGCCUCGGUAUCUUCCAGCGCAUGGGAUCGCGCCAUGCUCGACGCGGCAGCGUAUUGAGCUCGGAAGAGGAUAAGAAAUUCUCCCUUGACACAAACUUCAACGUCGAUCUGGGAGCUGGAACUGAUGCCCCUCCGACACCCACCAAGCAGGGUCUUACCCCUAGCUUGAGCAACCUGAGUGAACAGAGCAUUGAGAGCCCCAGUGCUAAGAGAUCGCUUCCGAUGUCCGCCCUUGGGCCGAUGAUCUCAAGAGAAUCUACCGGUGAGUGUACUUCACAGGAACAGUCGAAAGGCCAGAGCGUCAGCGGUCCGUUACAAAGCUCCCCGCUGAGCCGUACUGCUGGCAUUGGCUCUCCGAACUGCAGACUGUCUCCUACUUCGCGUCUUUCAUUGCCGUCGUUUGGACGUUCGAGAUCCGAUCGGGGCUUCAAUGCACCCUCACCUUUGCGGACUCGAUUCUGUCCCUCGACGUUCGAGCCCCAGAAAGAAUCGUUGGCUAAGAUUACCUCUCACGAUACAGCUAGCCCAGUUGAACAGCGCUCACCCCGAACCCCGUCGACUCACAUGGUCAUCCCCGACGCCAGCUGCCUUUCUAUUUCUAACCCAGCUGAGUCGAGGAAUGUGGCUGCCCCGUCGACCCCCUCUGGUCGGGAUUCUUUCCAGAGCACCACAAGUCAGCUCAUGACCCCUGUCAACGUACGUGGCGGUGCUGAUGUCGACGACUCACUCUACUCCCGCUUUGAUAAGGUCGAGAUGGUUGGUAAGGGCGAGUUCUCCUCCGUCUACCGCGUGGUCAAGUCUGGCUACUCUCGCGCCUCAUUCCUCUCCGUCUUUAGUGGAACCCCGACGAAGAACCCUCGCGAGAGCCCCGAGCCUGAUAGAAUCUACGCCGUGAAGAAGGCUCGCCGUCCGUUCACGGGACCCAAGGACCGCCUGGCGAAGCUUAGAGAAGUUCACGCUCUCCAGGCCUUGACACACGCAGACCAUGUGGUGCACUAUGUCGACAGCUGGGAGGCCAACCAGUACCUGUACAUCCAGACGGAGUACUGCGACGAGGGUACCUUGGACAAGUUCCUGAGCAAUGUUGGCCGCAAGGGCCGAUUGGAUGAUUUCCGUAUCUGGAAGGUCAUCCACGACAUUGGCUUGGGUCUGCAAAGCAUUCACGAAGCUGGUUUCAUUCACCUUGACUUGAAGCCGGCAAACAUCCUCAUCACCUUCGAGGGCAUCCUCAAGAUUGGUGACUUUGGCUUGGCCACCGAAUGGCCUGCCGCCAAGGGCGUUGAUGCGGAGGGAGACAGAGAGUACAUCGGUCCUGAAAUUCUCCGUGGCGACUUCAACAAGCCCGCCGACAUCUUCUCCCUCGGUCUCAUCACCAUUGAGAUGGCUGCGAACGUGGUCCUUCCCGACAACGGCCCAACCUGGGUCGCACUCCGUUCCGGUGAUCUCUCCGAAGUCCCUAGCCUGACCUUCAGCGCCACCACUACGACUAGUGCUCAGCGGGAUGCAGCUGGAGUGCCGACCAUGCAGUCUCUUGAUGACCCUCUCCUGGGCCAAACAAGCGCCCCGGAUAUCAGCCUGCACUCUGGAUUCGCUCCUACCAGGGUCAAUGUCGUUAUGGACGAUCAGAGCAGCCCCUUCAUCACACGUAAGCGCACUGAGUUGAGGUCUCCUCCUGAUUUCAUGAGCGACCCCUUCCACCCGAGUUCCCUCGACCAGAUUGUGCGGUGGAUGAUCAGGCCCGAGCCCAGCGAGCGACCUACUAUUCAGCAACUGCUGUCGACUCCUGCGAUGACCUGGGUCGCCGAACGUCGCAGAUCAGCUGCGACAGUCUUCGAAGGCGUAUGGGGACCUAGCGAGUCAACCGCACUUCCUACGUUGAUCGACGAAGCCCUCAUCGACGAGGCCGUUGUCGACGAAGAUACCGAAAUGAUGGACGUCUGA